GCGCCGUGGCGGAGAGUGAAGAUGGCGGAGAAUAACGUCGAACCAGAGCCCGAAUGGAGCAACCGGGCCUUGGACAUAGCCGAGGACACCCUGGUGGCAAUGGAAACCCUUCUGGCCACACUGAGAGCGUUUGAGGAUGUACUCAGGCAACAAGAGAUCUCCGCAAUAUCCUCCACCGAGUACUGCGACAACUUCUGCCAGGCACUGAUGCACUAUGCCGGGAGCAGGAAUUCAGUGGAGCAUGGUCUGCCACUUCUCGAGGUUUACUGCCUGUCCAUAAACUGCUUUGCUGCCGCCAGGUCCCACCUCACAGCCGAGUCCGACAGUGUGGCCCUCGUGUUGAAGAGACUGGCUUUGAGCUGUUUUGAACUGUUGCUGUCAGUGCCUGAAAAUGAAAUCCCUUACGAGGCAUGGGUCCAGUUCCACAACUCUGUUCAGAUUGCCCAUGAUAUGUUGUUGCAGUAUGGGAGCACAGACCUCCAAGCCCUGCUCCAGAUCACAGGAGAGGGAGGAGCAUGGAGCAAUCCUGUCCUGACCGCCCUCCUCACCGGCCAACACACCAACCCAGAAGAAGUUGAUGCGUACAUCAGCCUGGAGGGGGAGGGCUUUAUGGAGAUGCGAGUGAAGCACUUGGAGAAGAUGGGCAAGGUGGCCGAGGCCGUGGUCCUGGCCAAGGCCUGCACUGAAUGUAGCUUCAUCUCCAACCAAGCUACCUUUCGUCAAACCUACGUCUCACUGCUCUGCCACUUGCUACCCAAUGAAGAAGCCAUCAUGGAGAUAUCCAGACUUGACUGUAAGGAUGUACUGGAGAUCACAUGCAACUUGGAGACAGAGGGGGAGGAGAAUACAGCGUUUAUUUUGUGUACCACUUUCCUGACACAGCAGCUUCAGCAGCAGAGCCUUUACUGCUCCUGGGAGUUGACACUGUUGUGGAGUAAGCUUCAAAGGAGGAUUGACCCCUCUUUGGAGUCUCUACUGGAACGAUGCCUUCAGUUGGGUGCCAUCGCCAAAACAGUCUAUCAUUUGCUUUACCUGGUCCGUGUUAUCCGCACAGAGGCAGAAGAACUGGGACUGGCCUCAUCGGUAGAACUUUGUGUUAAAGCCCUACAACUUCCGAAGCAAGAUGACUCAGAAACAAGGAUCUCUGUCUGCAAAACAGUGUCCUGCCUUCUUCCAGAUGACCUUGAAGUGUUACGUGCCUGCCUGCUCACAGAGUUCCUGCUUGGCCCCAACCAGGAGGUCUUUGGUUGCCUUGAAGAACUGUACUUGCGCCCAGACCAGAAGUAUGACCAGGAAAAUGGGGUUAUUCCUAACUCGCUACGCUGCGAGUUGCUCCUGGCACUGAAAGCGUACUGGCCUUUUGACCCAGAAUUCUGGGACUGGAAAACUCUUAAGUAUCACUGCAUCUCCCUUCUCGGGUUGAUUCCAGAGUCAGAGGGGGAGGAGGAGGAAGGGGUAGACAGACAGGACAUUGCAAAGCAUGAGCUAAAACAUGAGCUGAAACAAGAGCCACAGGGAAAAAAGAUGAAGGUUGUAGAAUCUGAGCACCAAAAUAAGUUGAAUGGCAGUGUUGAUGGUCAUGAGCAGUGUGAUGAAAAGGACAUAUCAGAAGCUAAUGGUGAAUCGGAGACAAAGAAACUUAAGUUCUGCUGUCAGAUUUGUCAGAGGUCAGUCACUGAAACACAAAUCCUUCACCACUCCAAAAGACAUGGACAGGAUAACAUUCACCCCUGCCCUGUUUGCCUGGAAAAGUUUAAGAGCAGAAAGGAACUAGUUCCUCACAUGAAACAACACAUUCAGAAUCCGGCAGACUUUAAUACAAAGUGUGAAAAGAAAGAUGACUUGCAGAAGCAGAUGGAGGAGGAUGAUGACAUUGAGCCAGGCGAGAUCACUAUUGACCCUUCCUUAAUGCUGUAUUAUGAAUCCACACAUGAUCCAGAUGUAUUACACCACAUUGUACAGCAAGCCAAAUCUGUGAAUUCAAAACGGGUGGAUGAUGACGAGCAUGUCACAUUCAGUUACAUUGGCAUUCACUUCAAUCUGCAGAACCGGGAUGAGUAUCCAUGUCCGGGAACUCGCUGUACAAAGACCUUCAAACAUUCCAAGUACUUGUAUGUCCACUUGAAGUCAGAGCACAAAGGUGAUGAGAAUGUGAAACAUUUUCAUGAGAUGAGAGACAAGCGGGAGAAGUGUGUUUUUUGUAGACGGCAUUUUGUUUCGGCCUACCAUCACCGUAAGCAUCGAAGAGUGCACUAUGGUGAUCGGCCUUACAUGUGCGUAGUUAUAGGUUGUGGUGCUCAGUUUAGUUCUUCCAAUGAACUUGUCACACAUAAACAGACCCAUGGUUAUCAGCUGAACUACCAGUGUGAACUUAAAGGCUGCUAUGUUACUUACUCUGAUUUGGGACAGAUUUAUCACCAUGAAGCACAGCAUUUCCGAGAUGCAGCAUUUACCUGCACUAGCCCUGAAUGUAAGAAAUUUUACUUAUCCAAAAAGGAAUUCAUCCAGCACUUAUCUACGCACAACAUUACGUUCUCGGAAAAAGAUUUUGAGACCCAGAGGAAGGCUAAAAGGAAACUUCUUAAGACCGUUGCUGACGAAACAGCCUGCUCUAAGAAGUCAGGUGAUCUGAAGACUAUACCAGACGAGAUGGUCAACGGUGAUGGCCAAAUUUCCUCCUCAGUGAGUUGUGCCUCCUCCUUGCACACAUCAAGCUGCAAGGACCCCAAGGGAAUGAUGACUGCUGUUGCUGUUUGUUUUGAUGGAAGUAAGUUCACCUGUGGUUUUGAAAAGUGCGGCAUGACUUUCUCCAGGGCCAGAGAUGUUCAGAGACAUCUGAAAUGUGCCCACCCAGAACACUUAAAGUUGGAGAACAAAGAGCAUAGACAUGACAAAGAACAGGGCUCAAAGUCCAAAGGGCUAAAGAUGAUAGCUGAACCAAAUGAGGAGGAAAGAGGAAACAGUGAAGUCUCAACUUCAGUAACACCCAAGGGGACUGUGAAAGAAAGAAAAGCGUCCCCACAUCCCAAAUACAAUGGGACAAACUCUUCAAGCCAUAAUCAAAAUGAUGCUCUAAGAGAGAUUCUUAUUGGGCUCAGCAAAUUGGACCUGAAUUCCUCUUGCUCUCAGAAUGGACCAGGUGAGCCGUCUCAGUCCAUCUUAGAAGUGAAUGCAUCACAAAACUCCCUUCACAAGGCAAUCAUGGCCAAGUCCCCUGUUGUUUUGCUUCAAAAGAGACCUCUACAUCUGCCCGAGGAAAAGGUGAAAGUGAAAUCUGAUCAACCACCACCAACUGGCGAGGUAAGCCCUGUUGAACUAUUGGCUGCUGCUAAGCCGUAUACCUGUGAGAUGAAAGGUUGCGACUUUAGGACUGCACAGAGUUACAGCCUGUUGCGCCACUAUAACAACAAACAUGGCCGCACCAUUGAACAGGCCAAAAAGCUGACUUCUUUGAAAACUACGUCUUUCAAGCCUUAUGUGUGCCAGCUGUGUUCCAAGAGUCAUAGAGAGAAGAGUGUUUUGAAGGCCCAUUAUAUUCAGAUACAUAAACUCAGUGAGCCUUUCAUGGAAAAAAUAAACAGUGCUUCUGUACAGCGUGAGAGGAGUAACAGAGCCACAGAGACUGCAAACUCAAGAUCUCAGCCCAUGACAAAUGAAUCUACUCAAGUGAGGAAGGAAGAGGUUUCCAGCUGGCAAGAGCGGUAUCAGAGAAGACAAGAAAGCCUGAUAAGAAGAGAAUAUGGCAAAAACUUUGACAAUCACUCUCCAUCUGAAGAGGAAGUAGAAGAUGAGGUAGAGAAUAGAGAGAAAGACAAUGAACAAGAGGAAGAAAGUAAGGAUCAAACUUCACAACAAGGCAGGACUACCAGACGUUUGGGAGCCAAAACUAAUCUUUGCUAUAUAUUAACAAAAUUCAAUAAGCCCUUCCAUUGUGUAGUGAAAGACUGUGAAGCUGCUUUCUCGACCCAGGGAGGCCUUGUGCGUCACCUACAACUGGUACAUCGUUAUAAUCGCUCUCAGCUCCUGCUGGAAAAAGAUUUUGACAUGCAUCAGAAUUCAGAAGUCAGAAAAGAGCCUGCAAAGAAAAGGCCUGCGUCACACUCAGAUGAACCACAGCCCCAGUAUAAAUGUCACUUUGCCAACUGUACUGCCUCCUACCACCUCAAGAGCAGCUUAGUGCGUCACACCCGUGAUGUUCAUUGUCGGCCACCGGAGCCACUGCGGUGCAAGUAUGAGGGAUGUACAAGAGCGUUUAGCCAUGCCAGUGCACUCAAAAAGCAUAUUCUUUACAGCCACUGUGAAUAUUAUGAUUCACUUGUGUUACGUCUACAGAGCACUCACAAAAAGUCAGUCAGUGGAUGCCAAAAGAAGCUCAUAGUCACAUCACCCAGUCCUCAGAAAGAGGAACCUGAUUCACCGACCACACAGUCUCCUAGUCACAGUCCUAAGUCCGAAGUGGCUGCCCAGUCAGAGGAAAUCGGAGAAGAGGAUAGUGAGGAAAUGGCCAAAGGGUCAAGUAACAGUGACACUGAUAAACCAUAUGACAGUUUUAUCUAUCGAUCUCCUGAGGAGGCUUUACAGAUGUGCCAAGACCGUGGUUUGCGUGUAGCUUACCCAUGCAUGGUUCAGGACUGCGAUUCUGUGGUCAAGUACAUGAAGAGUUUGCAGCGUCAUUACCUUAAAGUUCACGUUAUGUGUAGAGAGGAUUUUUUUAAGUAUGAAGACAAGCUUGUUUUCAAUGCUGAGCAGCUUGAGGAAUUAAUUCAAAGGAAGUCAGCAAGGCCAAGCAUUACAGGAGCCUGUGCACCUAAUGGGGUUCGUAAAAUGGAGUAUCAGACAGAAUCGGAGAACCCCGGGGGGCAGCCCACCCCCAUGAGCCUACACUCCAUCAAGGCAGAUACAUUGGAUGAGGACAAUAAUGAUCCACUGGGAUUCCCAGAAGAGGAGUUGCCACCCGUAGAGCAAAACAAUAUCCUUGUCGGUGCUGAUGAUGUACUGUAUGGUGAACCGAGCACCGGUGGGCACACUGAAGAGCCGGCUACAACACUUUCACAACAAACAAUUGUCAGCAGUCACAACCAAGAGGAGAGCCCAAGAAUGCAAAACAUCAGUCCUCCUCUUAUUCCAGUCACUGUUGAUCUCUCGCCACCUUCCUCGUUACGUUUUACUAGUGAGGAGUGCUUCCAAGACACAUCAUGCAGCAAAGAUGGUAGUAAGAUGAUGAAUGGGUCGGCAUUUGUCCCCAACCCUCCUAUUCGCCAGCCGCUGAAACGAAAAAAUGAACUGUCGGAGCAGCCUUCGAAUGUGAUGGAUGCCCAGCCUCAAUGCAAUCCUCCACGCUCUUUUGACAUUGCUACGUAUAAACCCAUGGGCUUUGAGUCUUCAUUCUUGAAGUUCAUACAAGAGACUAGUCCCAAGGAGGAAGAUGUGACGCCACUCAAGCGGCGAGACUCUUUCAGACGCAGUUGUUCUGUCAAGGAGAACAAUCAAUUGGGAAUCUCUCACACCCGCAGCAGACGCCCUCAUUCCCCACUGCUGAAGCCCCUUACCAUGACUGGGGACUUCACGUCAGUCCAAAACUUGAAGUCCAUCUUGGACAAAGCCCUGGCUGGGUGUGGGGACCUGGCCAUUAAGCAGCUUCAGUACCUCAGACCUGUGGUGGUCUUGGAGAGACCCGUGUGCACCACCACCCUGCCUGACCUCUUCCCAUCAGACACUAACAAUAGCAAACUGCUUCUUGGAAGUUAAUUAUUGAACACCUUUUUAACAUUGUGAGACAAAUAAGUUUUUCCUUUAACUUCACAAACUCUAUACCAGUAUUUUUUUCCUCCAAAAAUGUUAGUAUUAUGCUGAUAUUUUUUAAGUUGCCAAAUUCAAGCAUUAAAGGAGUUAGCUUGAAUAAAUCUUUAUCAGCACAUAAGAUAAAGCCUCACAGGGACACCGACAGGGGAGAGCACCAGGUCAGUUGUCCCGGGCCCUGAGUAAAGGGUGGGUCUAAAAGGGCCUUCUGACCUUUGAAUAAUCUGCCAGCGGGGCUUUCAAGAUCAUCUUGUCCUGGGCACGAGCAAGACAUACUGCAGCCCUGCAGAUUCUUUAUUAUUUUUUAGACUUCCUGGGUAUGAUUUUUAAAGAUCUGGUAUUAGACUACUCAGAUAACUCUUCCUCUGUUAACUCAUGAAUUUAAAUGUAUAUAGUUCAUCCUGAUAAACAUUGUACAAAUUUUCAGAUGAUUAGGAAAAAAAACUGAUGGUCAGUAGCCUAUUGCAAUGCCUUUCACUUGUGUGAAAAACCUCACUGCAAAGUACCUGAGGAUUAUGUUUGGUUAUUCUUCACCUUAAUUUGUAUCAAACAGUGUUUGGAUGCAGUGGACAGAUGUUGGCAGACAUGUAUGUAACACUUUCUAAUAAAAAAUAAAGCUUAAAAUUAGAUUCCUUUCAAAGUCUCAGUGUUUUAUCUUUUGCAUUGAGGUGGUUAAUAUUUGAGUAACGUUUGAUGUCUUUGCAUUACAUUAGUUUCAGUCCCUAGAAGGUACAGAAGUGAGUUUUAUGGUCAUCCUCUAUAGUUGUUCUGUAGCUACUAGAAUUUAUCUUGUCCCAGCGUUCAGAUCAUCUGCAGACUGUCUCAUGAUUGAAAUGAGCACGGCGCCUUCACAGUGCCAAUCCAAAGAUGCUGGAGGUGCAGUACACUGUUUUUACAACUGCUUGGUAGGCAG